GCUAGCAAGAAAUAGAAUAUCUCCUCUCCUCUCACUCUCUCCUCCAGAAACCCACUGGGGCUCGUUUUGAUUAAUUGACUUACUCAGUGGAGGGGUUUGGAAACUAAUUGACCUAUUGCAGUCGAGUCCUGAAAUCAUCAUUAAUUUUUGUAACAUCAACAUGCUCCACCCCGGUAGCGCCAGUCGCCUGCUUGCCACCGCCUUUCCGACUCUGUCCGCAGACUCCGACAUCGCAGCUUUCUACGCAAGUCAAAUGGGUCGUAGUGCUAAACGGGACCCGGAUGCAGAGUUGCGAAAACAGUUGCUCGUUCCUUGGGAUGAUGAAAUGAAGUCCCGGAAUUCCAGUGGACUACCACUUGACGACCACACGAUGCAUGACCCGGAAGCUGAGGAACUGAAUGCAGCAGGCGUUGUAAAAGUCAAGCGACCCGUCCGCAAAGUGCCUGACCCGGACAUUCCUGGAGGGUACAAACUGGAACACAUAAACCCAAGACUUCCUUUAGCACUGAAUCCAGAAAAGCAGCCGCCAUAUAACAGCUGGAUCUAUCGAGAUAAGCUGAAAGAAGCCGGAUUUCUAAGGCAGAAAGCGAAACAGCGAAGACGGAUGCUGGUACUAAUUUUUCGCUUUCAUGUUUCUGUUCAUGUUCAACACGUUCACAUUAAAUGUGCUAGAUCGAUGUACAACACACCACGACAACUACGACAGCGCAUCGCCGACGAAGACGCAAAACACCUGGUCGACGGGCCUCUGAACCAGAGAUUCCGCCAGGUUUUUCCUGCUGACCCUGCAGCGAGGGUCAAUUUAUCUGGAGAACACGAUCCGCAUCCACCGCGACAACAUCCACCUACAGAUAGAGCUGACGGCGCAAUGACGAUGGACGAGCUCCGACGGGAAUAUCCAAGGCUCAAAGGAAACGGCACAGGGACGGUCGACCCGGAUGUCGGUCCCGACUUGGACGAGGCUAACAUCAGGCCAGUAUUGACGGAGGCUGAUGGAAUACUGAAUAAGAACAAAGUAGCGGAAUAUAAAAAUUUCCUGCAGGGUUCUGCUGAAGGCAUGUUGUUGUGAUUUACCUUUCUGUCAGAAAGAAUAGCGC